AUGCUGGGUACGGGGCGUAAAGAUGAAGCCCAAAAUUUACGUCGUUUCCGCCAGCUGGCAGCCCGGCGCGUACUGCGGUUGGCCGGUAAUAACCAAAGGCCGGACGCUCCCCCCGCGACCGGCUCCCUACUCGUUUUAGCCGCGGGCACACGAGCCGAGGCAGAAGAAAAUGAUUUCCCUGACUUCGAGGACGACUUCGAGGACGACUUCGAGGACGACUUCGAGGACGACUUCGAGGACGACUUCGAGGACGACUUCGAGGACGACUUCGAGGACGACUUCGAGGACGACUUCGAGGACGACUUCGAGGACGACUUCGAGGAACGAUUUUCCUCCUCCAAACAACUCGCCCAAGGAACUGCCCUCGACCUAUUACCAUCCCUUACAAAGGUUGAUAAGGGAUAA